CAAUACAAUACAAUACAAUACUAGUACGUCUCUAUUACAACCAAUUCAAAAAACAACUCAAAACAGUCUAAAAACUAUGGUAGCAACUUCAGACAUUUGUGAUGCAAACUCAAGCCUCCUCUCAACAGGAGAACUAAAAGUGUUACUCCCUCUGUUCAAACCUUACGGCCGACGACAGGCCUUUAGCGGGCCUGUCGUUACGGUGAAGGUUUUCGAGGACAACGUUUUGGUCCGGGCUUUAUUGGAGUCCAAAGACCACCAAGGAAAGGUCUUGGUGGUGGAUGGUGGAGGAAGCAUAAGGUGUGCUCUUUUGGGUGGGAAUUUGGGCCAGAUAGCCCAUGAUAAUGGUUGGGCUGGAAUAGUUGUGAAUGGAUGUGUAAGAGAUGUGGAUGAGAUUAAUGGUUGUGAUAUUGGAGUUUGGGCUUUAGGGACUAAUCCAGUUAAGUCUAAAAAGAAGGGUUUAGGAGAUAAACAUGUUUCUGUUAAUUUUGCUGGAUCUUUGAUUAAUGAUGGUGAUUGGUUGUGGGCUGAUAAUGAUGGUAUUUUGAUCUCCAAGCAUCAACUCUCUGCCACUUCUUAAGCGUUUUUUAGUUACUUCUGAUAACUUAGUGCAACUGUUGUAUAAGAAAUCUAUCUCGCCGGAGUUGUUUUGUGUUGCUUUUGCAAUAAAUUCCUAUUUUCCGAA